GCCCCCCCACCCGCCGCUACCGUCGUCGGCUUCCGCUACGGCUGAACCCGGGCAGCCUCCUCCACCCCCAGCAGUGGCAGCGGGGGGUUCUCCGGCUUCAUCGGAACCCAGCGGCAAGUGGAAAAGUGCUAGUAGUAGCAGCAGCACCGGUAGCGGCGGCGGGAGCAGCCUUCGGAAGAGCCCCAUGGGGGCCGGCGGGGGCAACUCCAGCCAGGCGGCCUGCCUCAAGCAGAUCCUGCUGCUUCAGUUGGACCUUAUCGAGCAGCAACAGCAACAGUUGCAGGCCAAGGAAAAGGAGAUCGAAGAACUCAAAGCCGAGAGGGACACACUCCUUGCUCGAAUUGAGCGUAUGGAAAGGAGGAUGCAACUGGUGAAGAAGGACAACGAGCGUGAGAAACACAAGAUAUUUCAAGGGUAUGAAACAGAGGAGAAGGUUGACCCUGAAGUACCUGAGAAGCUGCCUAUAGAAUGCCCACCACAAGAGCUCCUGGAGACCUCCCAGCCGCUGCCUUUGAAACAUUUCCCAUAUGGAAGGAAUGGGAAGGGUCACAAACGAAAAUCUGCGUUUGGAAGUGCCGAGAGGAAAACUCCAGUGAAGAAGCUGGUAGCUGAAUUCUCAAAAGUCAAAUGUAAAACGCCAAAGGCUUCUCCAUUAAAGGAGGAACCCAGUAGUUCUUUAACUGAGUCAAUAAGCAGACGUGAACUGCGAAGUCAGGAGACUCCAGAGAAAACUCGAUUAUUGGUGGACACACAAUUGAAGUCUUCGACUCCAUUGAAAGGACCUGGGUGCCAUUCAAAGGACAAGGGCUCCUGCAGUGAAAUAGAAGAUUUGCCGUAUCUUUCCACCACUGAAAUGUACUUGUGUCGGUGGCACCAGCCACCCCCUUCCCCGUUGCGAGAGCCUUCUCCCAAGAAGGAGGAGACUGUAGCAAUUCCAUCAUGGAGGGACCACACAGUAGAGCCCCUGAGAGAUCUGAAUCCUUCUGAACUUUUGGAGAACUUAGAAGACAAUGUCUUCUCCAAACGACAUGCAAAGUUGGAAUUGGAUGAGAAAAGGAGGAAAAGGUGGGAUAUUCAGCGUAUCCGGGAGCAAAGAAUUUUACAGCGACUGCAACUUAGAAUGUAUAAAAAGAAAGGAAUUCAGGAAUCUGAGCCUGAAGUUACCUCAUUUUUCCCAGAGUCAGAUGAUGUUGAAAGCUUGCUGAUCACCCCAUAUUUGCCUGUUGUAGCAUUUGGCCGACCAUUACCAAAAUUAACCCCACAGAACUUUGAACUGCCGUGGCUGGAUGAACGAAGUCGUUGCCGGCUAGAGAUGCAGAAGAAACAGACUCCUCAUCGGACGUGCAGGAAAUAGGCAUGUCAAAAUAGGAGAAAUCUGUCUUGAUGGUUGGCCUGUGCUAUUUGCUGCAAAUGGCAGAGAACUGUAUAUGUUUUGUUAUGUCACUUUCUUCUACCAUCUCCCAUGAUGUACAUUCUUGUUCACUAUAAAUAUUUUUUAUGCUUACAUAGGUUUUUUUUCUUUUUCCCCUGAAAUUUUUUUCAUUUGUUUUUCAUUUUUUUUCUUUGCUUGGUAGAAAGUAUUGGAGGUUUGUGUUGGGAGAAUAAGGUUAGCAAUUUAUGGUGUGCCUCUAUUGAGCUGUAUUGGAAAGCUACAACCAGCACAAUCCACUGAGAAGCUAUGAAAGAUGGACAAGCAUAAUAGUAUAAUGAAACACUUUCCAUUUGUGAGUUCCUGACAAACAUGAAACCCACCUCUGAUUGAAAAAAAAAAAAAAAUACACACACACACACACACACACA